UAUCUUUUCCCGCGGCCUCGUUCCCUCAAGUGGAGGACAAUGAUAAUAGCUCGGACAUGAACAACUAUUGUAACAUAGGCUAUCCUGUAGGAAGGCUGACUCCCAACAGACGUGGCUCAUCAAGUCUCACAUUCACUUCGCAGCCAUGAACAAGCCACACAUGUACCCACUACUUGUACUCUUUGUCUUCAUUUGCGCCACACAUUUAGGUACAGGUCUGCAAUGCUACGUGUGCAACAGCAAGUAUAACGAGUCCUGCCUGCGUAAUCCAUCGAUCCAGUACCUCGUCAACUGCAGUGACCAGCAUGGACGCUACAAGGAAAAUCGCAAAAAUUCUACCUUCACGGUGUGUCGCUACAUGUACAUGAACAUCGAUGGCCAAGAAGAAAGCACGGACCGCUCCUGUGGAUGGCUGGGUAAUGAACAAGAGUGCUACAGAACGGCUACGAUGUCAGUCAAAUCUAGGGUCUGUCAAUGCAGCGAAGAUGGCUGUAAUACCAGCGACGUCAUCACACCGUCCAAGCACCUUUUCCUAGUCGCCAUUGCCAUGACGCUGUUCACUGCAGCGCCGUAAAAUGUCACAUACACGGCAUUCUGCAGAAUGAAGCGACAGGAAGGCAGAGAAGAGAUAGCACUGUAGAUCUCUAGAGACGUUAUUUGCACUCGUUCGGUAGCCUGCUCGAAAUUACCGUAUUUAUUUAAUCUCUUUGUAAGAAUGACCAAAAAUAUCACAUGCAUUCUCAUUACCUUUUGCGUCUUGAGUUUGGCAGUCGACGUAAAGUAAUUUCUGUUGUCGCUUUCUCGUAAGAAGUUGUCCUGAAUGAGUGUGUGUCAUCUUGGAUAAAAUUCUUAUCACGACGA